UCGUUGUUGGUGCAGUGGGUGCUCCUCAAGUGUUUUCUGUACUUAAUCAUGUGUGACGACGAAGUGACCGCUCUUGUUGUCGACAAUGGCUCCGGCAUGUGCAAGGCCGGUUUCGCCGGUGAUGACGCUCCCCGAGCCGUCUUUCCCUCCAUUGUCGGCCGACCCCGUCACCAGGGUGUCAUGGUGGGCAUGGGCAACAAGGACUCGUACGUCGGAGAUGAGGCCCAGUCAAAGCGAGGUAUCCUCACGCUGAAGUACCCCAUUGAGCACGGCAUCGUCACUAACUGGGACGACAUGGAGAAGAUCUGGCACCACACCUUCUACAAUGAGCUGCGAAUUGCUCCCGAGGAGUCGCCCGUCCUGCUCACCGAGGCUCCCCUCAACCCAAAGGCCAACCGAGAGAAGAUGACUCAGAUCAUGUUCGAGACCUUCAACACCCCCGCCGUGUACGUGGCCAUCCAGGCCGUGCUCUCGCUGUACGCCUCAGGUCGUACCACCGGUAUUGUCCUCGACUCCGGAGAUGGUGUCACCCACACUGUGCCCAUCUACGAGGGCUACGCUCUGCCGCACGCCAUCCUCCGUCUGGACAUGGCUGGCCGAGAUUUGACUGACUACCUGAUGAAAAUCCUCACUGAGCGCGGUUACUCCUUCGUCACCACCGCUGAGCGAGAAAUUGUCCGCGACAUCAAGGAGAAGCUGUGCUACGUCGCCCUCGACUUUGACAAUGAGAUGGCCACCGCCGCCACCUCCAGCUCGCUGGAGAAGAGCUACGAGCUGCCCGACGGUCAGGUCAUUGCCAUCGGCGGUGAGCGGUUCCGCGCCCCUGAGGCCCUCUUCCAGCCUUCCUUCAUUGGUAUGGAGGCGGUGGGCAUCCACGAGACGGCCUACAACUCUAUCAUGAAGUGCGACAUUGACAUCCGAAAAGAUCUUUUUGCCAACACGGUCAUGUCCGGCGGCACGACCAUGUACCCCGGUAUUGCCGACCGAAUGCAGAAGGAGAUCACCGCCCUCGCCCCUGCCACCAUCAAGAUCAAGAUCAUCGCCCCGCCGGAGCGCAAGUACUCCGUCUGGAUCGGCGGCUCCAUCCUCGCCUCCCUUUCCACCUUCCAGCAGAUGUGGAUCAGCAAGCAGGAGUACGACGAGGCCGGCCCAGCCAUCGUCCACCGAAAGUGCUUCUAA